CUCAUGAGUAAUUUGUAGCAUUGAAUUACCAAAUACAGUAGAAAGAUCGGUACUAGUAGUUUGGGCCUUUUACCCGAAAAACACGAAUAAUUAACCCGAAAAAAAAAAAAUAUACCCUCCAAAACACUCUUCUUCCUCAGUUGCUCAGUUUCAUCGUUUACCUCUGAGCUUCGUAGUUUCUCUCUCCUAAAAUCAUCAAAAAUGACGAAAUUGAGGAAGCUCAAUCGACCUACUGGUCACCGUUUGUCUAUGCUCAGGACAAUGGUUUCUCAAUUGGUGAAACACGAGCGAAUUGAAACUACUGUUGCUAAGGCAAAAGAGGUUCGAAGAUUAGCUGAUAACAUGGUUCAAUUGGGAAAAGAUGGCUCCCUUUGUGCUGCUAGACGUGCUGCUGCUUUUGUCAGGGGCGAUGAUGUUAUUCACAAGUUAUUUACCGAGUUAGCAUAUCGAUACAAAAACCGAGCUGGAGGUUACACGAGGCUGCUGAGGACACGUAUCCGAGUGGGUGAUGCUGCCCCAAUGGCGUAUAUUGAAUUUAUUGACAGAGAGAAUGAACUUAGGCAGUCAAAACCUCCAACUCCACAAUUACCACAGAGAGCGCCCAUGGAUCCUUGGACAAAGUCAAAGCUUACCAGACAAUAUGCACCACCUAAAGAGGAGAAGAAUUCUAAUUCUGAUAUUUAGUAUAAUCUGUGAUUUUGUGAUAGUGCAAUAUAUGAAUUUUGUUUAUUUCAUGCUCAACACUGCAACACUAUAUGUUAACUCCAGUUUUUGUAUCAUUGUGGAUAUUUGGUGUAUGAACAAAUAUUUGGCUGGUUAGUCGGUAAUAAAUAGUUUUGCCCUGAUAUGCUAA